AUGGACUCAGCUAGCAGAGAAUACGAAAAGGUGCUAAAGCGCCAAAAGACAUGCACCGACACAACACUGGAAGGAAUCGAAUCUCUUCUGGAAGCAGUCAAGACAGCGCGAAACCGCAUAUCCCAAGGAGACCCAACCAUAGUCUCAUCAUGCACCACAGCAAUAGCAUCCAAAUUCAAAUCAAUGUCCUCCCAAAUCCUCGAAUCGCACAAGGAAUUGCACUCAUCAACAUCCAAAUACAAUAAAAUACUAGACAAACGAUUCAAGACUGAUCUGGAUACUAUAUGGGACUAUCCGAAUGCUUUUGAUGACAAGGAAGCUGUGUUGAAUAAUACAUUGCAUGGCCAUUUUGUUAGAGAGGGGAGAUUUGAGUUGGCUUCUGUGUUUGCUGAUGAAGCGGGUGUGAUGGUGUCUGAGGCAUUGCAGGAUCAGUUUGCGGAAAUGUUUGAUAUACGUGAGGAGUUGAGAUCUGGGAGAUUGAGCAAGGCUGUUGUGUGGGCUCAGAAACAUCGAAAGGAGCUAGAGAAACAAGGAUCAUCACUCGAAUUCCAGCUACAUCGAUUACAGUUUAUACAGUAUCUGACUGGUGGUGGCCUAGAAAACGUAGCAGCUGGUAUAACCAAAGAUCAAAAACCAGUGCAAAGAGCACUCCUCUACUCUAAGCAUGCUUUUGGACCAUUUGCUCAACAGUAUAUGAAGGAAAUCCAACGACUAUUAGGCUCCGUAUUAUUCGCCACCCGCCUCCCCAAAUCCCCAUACGCCGACUUCCUCUCCCCAAACCUAUGGGUCGACGCACACACAGCCUUCACCAGAUCAUUCUGUGCACUACUAGGUCUAUCAUCCGACUCUCCCUUAUACGUAUCAGUAACAGUAGGCGCAUCAGCACUCCCAACCAUUGCCAAAAUGACCACCAUAUUAAAAGAACGAUCGGGGCUAGAAUGGAGUAGUAGUGGUGAAUUACCUGUCGAAGUGCCGUUACUAGAUACGCAAAAGUUUCAUUCAGUGUUUGCUUGUCCUGUCAGUAAGGAGCAAGCUACGGAAGAGAAUUACCCAAUGAUGAUGGCUUGUGGACAUGUUGUGAAUAAGGAUUCGUUGAAUAGGUUGUGUAAGGGGAACCAAAGUGCGAGAUUCAAGUGUCCGUAUUGUCCGAAUGAAUCUACUGCUUUGCAAGCGCAACGUAUAUAUUUUUGA